UCCCUGCAUAUUCUGUGGCUGGUAUGGUUGCCCUGGUGCCUGUUCUUCCCUCUCUGCACAGUGCUGUGGCCAGUUCAGACUGGUUUUGGCUGUUGGGGGGGGUGAAGAAGGGUCAUGGUAGCGCAUGUGGAUGGGGCAGGACUGCCCCUUGUGCCAGGUGACACUGGGUUCUGUGAGUGGGGAAGUACACGUGGCGGCAGGGGUUGUGUUCUGCCUCUCGUUGCAGCAUUAGGGGUGAGACCUACUCCCCACCCAUGGCUCAAGCUUCUUAGUAAAUUGGGUCAGACCCUCCAUGCUGGGGGUGAGCCAGGAGGAAGGGACCUUAUAAGUUGGGACUUGCUCUAGAUCCAGUAAUCACAGGCAGCCCUGGUGUUCCUGACUUUUCCUCAUGGCCUUCUCUCCCUCAUCAUAAUUAAAGUGGAUUCUUCUCUGAAAAGUGGCUAUAGAAGUGGCUUCUUCAAAUGAGGCUAUGAGUCUCAUCUAGACCAGUGGUUCUCAGCCAGAAGUACUUGUACUCCCUGGGGGUAUGCAGAGGUCUUCCAGGGGGUUUAGAUUCUAGAGAAAUAAGUCCUCCCGUGUUGCAAUGGCUCCCACACUUGCUACUGCACAUCGGCGGCGCUGGUGGAUGGCAUGCACAGCUGUUGUAGAGAAUCUUCUCUUCUCUGCUGUUCUUCUGGGCUGGGCAUCACUGCUCAUCAUGCUGAAGUCCGAAGGAUUUUACUCCUACCUCUGUCAUGAACCAGAGAAUUUUACCACCAGCUCUGCACAUGGAAACACAACAGAGCAGGAAGCUAUGAUUCGGAUCAAUGGGUGGCUCAUCUGCCCGGAGCAGGAUGAAAUGCUGAACCUGGCUUUUACCAUUGGAUCCUUCUUGCUGAGUGCAAUCACUCUGCCUCUUGGGAUUGUCAUGGACAAAUAUGGCCCUCGCAAACUGCGUCUGCUUGGCAGUGCCUGCUUUGCUGUGUCCUGUGUGAUGAUUGCAUAUGGAGCUAGUAACCCAAAUUCACUGUCAGUGCUGAUCUUCAUCUCACUGGCUCUGAAUGGCUUUGGUGGAAUGUGCAUGACCUUUACCUCACUUACGCUGCCCAACAUGUUUGGUGACCUUCGUUCCACGUUCAUUGCUCUGAUGAUUGGCUCCUACGCUUCCUCAGCUGUCACUUUUCCUGGAAUCAAGGUUAUAUAUGACUUUGGUGUCUCUUUCAUCCUCAUUUUGAUUGUCUGGGCAUCCUGUGCAGGACUAGUUUUCUUCAACUGUUUCUUCAACUGGCCACUGGAGCCGUUCCCAGGACCAGAAGACAUGGACUACACAGUGAAGAUCAAGUUCAGCUGGCUGGGAUUUGACCACAAAAUUACAGGGAAACAGUUUUACAAGCAGGUGACCACAGUGGGACGUCGUCUGAGUGUGGGAAGCUCCAUGAAGAACCCCAAGGAGCUGGUAGCUCAAGAGGGAAACAAACUCUGUCUGUCAACAGUGGACCUGGAAGUGAAAUGUCAAGCAGACGAUGCAGCAUCUCCGUCCUUUAUGCACAGUGUCUUCAGCCCAAUUUUGCUACUCAGCCUCAUCACCAUGUGCGUCACUCAGCUGCGGCUCAUUUUCUACAUGGGGGCCAUGAACAAUAUCCUGGGAUUCCUUGUGGAGGGAGACUUGGAGACAGUGAGUCUCUACACCUCUGUUUUUGGGGUGUUGCAGCUGCUCUGCCUGAUGACUGCCCCCAUGAUUGGAUACAUCAUGGACUGGAAGCUGAAGGAAUGUGAUGAUGGUUCAGAACAGGCUGAGAGUGAUGCUAAUCAAGAUGGUAAAAAAAAGAAAAAACGUGAUCGCCAGAUUCAGAAGAUUUCGAAUGCGACAAGAGCUUUUGUGUUCACCAACAUACUACUAGUUGGAUUUGGAAUUACCUGUCUCAUUCCUAACCUGCCUUUGCAGAUCCUUUCCUUCAUUUUGCACACGAUAGUGAGAGGAUUCAUCCACUCAGCGGUGGGAGGCCUCUAUGCAGCUGUAUACCCCUCAACGCAGUUUGGCAGCUUGACGGGACUGCAGUCUUUGGUCAGUGCCCUCUUUGCUCUUCUGCAGCAGCCCUUGUUCCUGGCAAUGAUGGGACCAUUGAAAGGAGACCCUCUUUGGGUGAACGUGGGGCUUCUUGGAGUGAGUAUGCUGGGCUUCUGCCUGCCGAUCUAUCUGAUCUGCUAUAAACGCAGGCUAGAAAGAGAGAAACAGCAGAGAAGUGAUGAUGCCAAACUCUUCCUCAAAAUCAAUGGUACUCCCAAUGAGGAAGCCUUUGUUUAAGCCAGUGCUUCAAACAGAGCCUCCUCUUCACAAGUUCCCCUGCCACUUCAAUGGGUCUACCUCUGGCCCAAGUCAUGAUCCUUAUCUCCAUGCUCUGCCAGCUUCACACAGCAUGGUCUGCUGUCUUAGAGUAAAGACUGUGUGUGUUUCUGAGACACAUGCCAGGAGGAGGCCUCCCUCUUCUUUCCUUUUCUAAAAGCUAUACAGAUCACAAAUUGAAUGAGCUGAAGCCUGCCCUAACUGGCACUGUCUUGGCUGCAGGAGAAUAUUUUACUCACCAUUACCAAGCUUGGCUACAGGACACUAGUCCCUUGCUUGAAAUCCCUGUGCUGUGCACAUUGGAAAGGGGACUUCCUGCUGUGUCUUGCAGAAGUAGAUUUUCAGUUCAUUGCUAAACACUGAUCUCUGAGGCUGAACUCAAACUUUUUCUCCAUAUAAUGUAAAGAGAUGGUUAGUGAGCAAUGGAUUCUGCCACAUGUGCCAAAAUGACGGGUCCAGCUGACUGCUCUUCCCCCUCCCCACACUCCAGCAGCCUGAGAGUCCUUUACCCCCACCUGUAAGCUUUCUCUACAUGGUAAGAUGCCUGCUGUCUUGAACCAUUCAGCUGGAAAUUGCAACUUGUCUGAAGUGCUUUAAGAAGUGUUGCCUUUCUUCUCCUCUCCCUGCAGUGACCCUGGCAGAGGAGCAGCAGCUGGUAGUGUGGAGAUAAUCUCUGAGCAGAGCUGAAAGGCUUUUUCAAACUGGGUCCUAUGGUGCAAAACAACUUUGUUUCUAGGUGCUGGUUUUGUUGAUUUUUAUCUUACUGUUGAAAAGAACCAACAGUGCAGAAAUGGACUUGCAUGUAGUAACUGGAUCCUGUGACCACAUGGAAGAUUGACAUGGUGAGACAAUUUCACUAAAUCUCAGCAGGACCUCACAGCAGUAGCCUCUUAACAUCCUGUGCUCAGAGAACAGCCUCCUUUGAGAGAAUCCAUCACUCUGAACUGCUGAACACCAACUUAACUGUAACUGACCAAAAAGUUGCUGGCUGGCAGUGUGAGAGGAGCCUCCUAGGAUGUCUGUGCUCUUUCUGGACAGGACAGAUGGAGAUCACUGACUGGGUUGGGUAGACUUCACAGAAAAGUGGACUGGGGGUACCUGAAGAGGUCCCUGCUCAGAAAUGGAGAGAAUACAAAGGGAAUUCUUGGCCUCCUUAUCUCUUCUAGCCAUGCCUUUCCUAGGCCUUGUCUACACUGGACUUUGUUUUUCCAUAACCUUCCUGCUAUUGCUAUCGGUGACUCAGCUCUAUGGUAGGAGCACUAGUGCAGACAAGCUGCCUGUGUUCCAUCUCGACCUGCUCUGAGCAGGGUUACACAACACUGGUUAAAUGCCAGUGGCUGGUAUGCAUUAACACUCCUAGUGGCUGGGCUGAGCUAGUGAUUGUGAUAGUGGGGAGAUUAUGGAAAACCCUGAGUCUGGUGUUCUAUGGCAAAUGCAGUAGUGGUGCUUUCUCAGUCUUACAGUAUCUCCAAUGCCUGGCACAGGGGUGAGUUUCUUGAACUUCACCUCUAAGCCAGGCAGGAAAAGCACAAAACUCUGCUGUUGCUGUCCAGUAACUCCAAACUGGGAUUAAGAAACAGUGGUGUAUCUGAAUGCUCUGUUGGAAGUGACUUUGGAACUAGGGGGGAAGAGGGGGAGUUUGUCAGUGAAAGCCAACAACUUUGCUAUACAGAAUUAAAACAUUCAGGUGAGCAGGCUACCCGAGCCCUUUCCAUUUAAAGAGUAAACUCUGCAGGCAUUCUAAAUGGCACCAUGGAAAAGAAUCACUGUUAGAAUCCUUAAGACUCUUCACCCUAGUUAGGUUGCUUGUGCAUAAUAAUUGAGCAGCAGUGCCCUCUGGUGUUACUGUAUUGUAAAAAUCCCAUAAGCUGUUUACAAAACAUUUAUUUCAGAGCUGCUUGCUUGUUUUGAGUAGAUUCCUUCCCCUUAAGGAGUAUAUUUUAAACAUUUGGGGGUUUUUACCUGUUCCCUUUAUCAGUUGUCACACUUCAAAAGCAACCAUGUCUUAUGCUGUAAUACUGCAUCAAUGCAAAAUUAUUUUAUUCUAUUCUGGUGGCUUCUUACAAGUUUGAGGAUUUUUGGAGAUGUUUUACUGCCCUUCUCAGCUUCUUUUCCUUGUUUUGAGCAACAAUUAGGGAGUACAGCUCAACUUGGCAAUUUAGGCCUUAAACAGUAGAGAAAAAUCUGAAGAACAUAUAUGCUUGGAAGACACACCAGCAAUAAUUUAAUAUCCUUGUAAUGACAGUAUUUCUGGAUGGUUUUCUGUAGAUUUCUGCAUUCUGUAUUGCCAAGUGUUGCUACACCUAACUGCUCUGAUAUUGCACACCUGCUCACUCCCGUACUGUUUACUCAGCAAGGAAAGAUCAGUUCACAUAAUGCAUCAGAAUGUUAAUAAAAUCUUUGUGUCUGAAUUGUGGCAUGAACUGCAGUCAGCUUACUCCAUCAGCUUUGGAGAAUAGUAUGAUAAAGACAGAGACCUAAUUUUCAAAAGUGACUGACUAGUGAUUUUAGAUGCCCAAUAUGAGAGUUUAAAGGGGCCUAAUUUUCAGAAAGUGUUUGAACACUCACCCUCCCUAAAACAGGCCCUUUUAAACUGUCUCUGAGCAUCCAAAGUCAGUAGGUGCUUUUGAAAAUUGCAACCAGAAUCCUUAGUUCCAUGCCUUACGAUUGCAGACAGUCUGAGAAUCACAGCCUGCCAACUGCAUGACCUUACAGCUUAGCUGCAUGGAAACCUUAUUAACCGGGGUCUCAAACUCAUUAGAGGAGAGCCCAAGAUUCUGUUUAAUCAUGGUAAGGGGACUAGGAUAUAAAUUCAGGGGGCACAUUCCCCUUGUUCCACAGCAGAGACCACACUGAUGUUUGUAGGAGGCUCACACAGAAAUCAGGACAAUACAGCAUUUAUGGAAUAACUAAACAUUUAUUCCUGCAUUUACAUCCCCUAAUUGCAACUUCUACUUCCCUCCUAUUCCAGCAAUGCAAUCAUUAAUGUUGACAUAGAUGUGUGAGCUCUAGGCUUUAGAACUGAUACCCUAUUCACUUGAAUAGAAGGCAGAGGAAUUAAUGCCAGAGUCAUUGUUUCAUAGUCUCUGCAGCCUCAGGCUGGCAUUGUGGUGAUGGCUUACAGUUGGUUCAUAGGUGAAAGGUUACCUCUGCCCUCAUGUAGGUUAGAAACAUAAUUUACCAAAAAAUUAAACUGAGAUUGUGGAGAAAAUAGUUAUGGGGCUCUCAUGAAUUAGUUACCUGGACCAGAUCUGGCCACAACUGUUUGAUAACCUGGCUUUAUAAGAUGCUUUAGAAUAUUUAAUAUUGUAAAGGGCUAAGAUGCCAUGGUGAUGAGAGUGAUAUAAGUGCUGAGAAACAAGAGACUUUUAUGUCUAUGUAAAAGUCUAACCGGACAACCAAAAUACUCCCACCCCUACAAUGGUGAAUAUAGUCCUUUCCUGUA